CGCGCGUACUUGGAAGCGAACAAGCUGAAAGACGGCGUGAUCGAGACCGCGUCCGGGUUGCAGUACCGCGUCCUCGUGGAGGGCGCUCCCGGGGCGCCGUCGCCCAAGGCGAACACGCCGUGCUCGUGCCACUACCGCGGCACCACGAUCGACGGGAAGGAGUUCGACUCGUCGUACUCGCGCGGGAAGCCGACGACGUUCGCGCCGAACCAGGUCAUCGCGGGCUGGACGGAGGCGAUGCAACUCAUGACGGAGGGCGCGAAGUGGGAGCUCACGAUCCCGAGCGAGAUCGCGUACGGGGACCGGCAGAUGGGCGCGGACAUCACCCCGGGCGCGGUCCUCGUGUUCACGCUCGAGAUUCUCAAGGUU